AUAUAAAUUCGUGUGUGAAUGUAGUGGAGAGAAAAAGUUUUCAUUUUUUCAUGAAUAGAAUAUUUCUGUUCAAACAAUAGUAAUAUCAGGCCACAUAGUCACUCAAUGACACAGAAAUCCUACAAUUGACUAAAAGUAGGUGGUUUUGGAGCUGAAAAAAUCUUCACCAAUAGCACUGUGACAUUUUGGACUAAAAUAUUUUUUAAAGGUGCAAUGACCAAACUCUGCUUCAUUAGAAAUUUUGAAUAUUUAUCAGGGGGCUGAAUGAGAAGCUUUGAUGUUGAUAAUUAUCAUCUGACAAAUGCAGACUGAGAGAAGGAGAAAUAUAACUGAUCAGUUGGUACACUGAUAAACAUUAAGGUUGAGUAGAAAAGUGUGAAGGUUAAAACUGGCCCUCCCUCACCCAAAGCCAAGAAAAUGAAGCAUGAGGCACAGAAAAAAGAUGAUUCUAUCAGCCCUAAAAAGUUGAAGAAGUCUGUCACACUUUCCUUCACUUCAGCUGGCUCCUUGGACGACAUAAAGAGGGAACCAAAACACAUAAGAAAAAUGACGUUUGCUGAACGAUUGAAGUUGGAACAACAAAACAAACACGAAGAGGCUCAUGAGGAACGACGCAACCAAUUUGGCAUGAAGGAGAUGAGUUAUACAGUUGAAGACAGCAGCAACAGCAGUAACAACGUCCCUGACAAAUUCCAGAAACUGAGACAAAAGAACUCGGAACACAUGAAGCAACGACGGAAACUCAUACGUUAUGCCAGUGGAUUGAAGGGACGGAGAAAAUUUGCUGAGGUUUAAGUAGUUAUUUUGCAUUAGGUAUUGUGAUGGUCUACAUUCUUUUGGUUAAAAAGACAGCAGCAACAGCGGUAACAACGUACCUGACAAAUUCCAGAAACUGAGACAAAAGAACUGGGAACACAUGAAGCAACGACGGAAACUCAUACGUUAUGCCAGUGGAUUGAAGGGACGAAGAAAAUUUGCUGAGGAUUAAGUAGUUAUUUUGCUUUGGGUAUUGUGGUGGUCUACAUUCUUUUGGUUAAAAAGAAGUAAGGAAUGAUUGCUGUUAUUGUGAAAAAUAUGGAGGUUGAGUCAUAGAAAUUAUCUACAUGGAAUAUUUUUAUGGUAAUUAUAUGACCUUUGUUUCAUUAGUACUUACAUUCAUUUUCCAGUAUAAAUCUGAGCCUGGUUUUAUUCAAGCCUUGCUCGCAAGCGCUCAGAAUGUUCUCUAGUUGAUUGAUAAAUGCCUUACAAAUUUUCUGAACUAUUUUUUCGUACGACCUGGGAAUUUAGAAAUUUGUAUCAAAAUUGGCAUUGAUUCGCAGGUACAUGAGUUUUGAAACCUCUUAUGGUCAUGAAUUAUCAUUCACGUCUUCAUAAAAAUUUGAAUGAAAAAAUUUUGUGUUAAGUUGUAACUUUUACUUUUUCAUAAACUUUGUGUUAAUGCUGUUUUGUGUAUAUAUGUUGUCAAUGUUGAGGAGGUGGCCUGAAGGAAAUGGUGAUAUUUUUAAUUAA